AUGUCGGAGGAAGAGAAAUUAUUGAAGGAGGCGAAAAAAUUGCCUUGGGAUGAUCGGCUUUUCCACAAGAACUGGAAGGUGAGGAACGAGGCCAACAUUGACUUGGCCGCUCUCUGCGACUCCAUCGCCGAUCCCAAAGACCCUCGCCUUCGUGAAUUUGGUCCGCUUUUUAGAAAGACUCUGGUGGAUUCUAAUUCGCCGGUGCAAGAGAAGGCGCUCGAUGCAUUGGUUGCUUUUUUAAGAGCUGCGGAUGCUGAUGCCGGAAGAUAUGGUAAGGAAGUUUGUGAUGCGAUUGUGGCGAAAUGCCUCACUGGAAGGCCGAAGACGGUGGAGAAGGCUCAAGCUGCAUUUAUGCUUUGGGUUGAAUUGGAGGCUGUGGACGCUUUCUUAGAUGCCAUGGAGAAAGCAAUAAAAAACAAAGUUUCCAAAGCUGUUGUGCCUGCAAUUGAUGUCAUGUUUCAGGCCUUAAGUGAAUUUGGAGCAAAAGUUGUUCCUCCAAAAAGGAUUUUGAAGAUGCUUCCUGAACUAUUUGACCAUCAAGAUCAAAAUGUUCGUGCAUCUUCUAAAGGACUUACUCUUGAGCUUUGUCGUUGGAUAGGAAAAGACCCUGUAAAAUCAAUAUUGUUUGAGAAGAUGAGGGAUACAAUGAAAAAAGAGUUGGAGGCUGAGCUCGCAAAUGUUACAGGGACAGCCAGGCCAUCUCGCAAAAUCAGAUCCGAGCAAGACAAGGAGCCAGAAAGGGAAGCUGUUUCUGAAGUUGUUGGUCCUGGUCCUUCUGAGGAAUCUACAACUGAUGCUCCUCCGGAAAUAGAUGAAUACGAGCUUGUUGAUCCUGUUGAUAUAUUGACUCCAUUGGAGAAGUCUGGAUUUUGGGAUGGAGUGAAAGCUACGAAGUGGUCAGAGAGAAAGGAGGCUGUUGCAGAGCUAACCAAGCUUGCUUCCACUAAAAGAAUUGCUCCUGGUGAUUUUACAGAAAUCUGUCGGACAUUAAAGAAGCUCAUAGCAGACGUGAACAUCGCUGUUGCAGUUGAAGCUAUCCAAGCUAUUGGAAAUCUUGCCAAGGGUCUAAGAACUCAUUUUUCUGGCAGUUCGCGUUUUCUGUUACCAGGUUUACUUGAAAAAUUGAAAGAGAAAAAGCCAACUCUGUCUGAGGCACUUACCCAAACUCUUCAAGCAAUGCAUACAGCUGGAUGCUUAAAUCUUGUUGACAUUGUUGAAGAUAUUAAGACGGCAGUGAAAAAUAAAGUGCCUCUUGUGCGUUCAUUGACUUUGAACUGGGUAACAUUUUGUAUUGAAACAAGCAACAAGGCUGUUGUUCUGAAGUUACACAAGGAUUACGUUCCUAUCUUUAUGGAGUGCCUCCAAGAUGGAACCCCAGAUGUGCGGGAUGCAGCCUUUUCAGCUUUGGCAGCAAUAGCAAAGUUGGUUGGUAUGAGGCCUUUGGAGAGGUCACUGGAGAAACUUGAUGAUGUUAGAAGAAAGAAGCUCUCUGAAAUGAUUAUGGGUUCUGAAGGUGGUACAUCCAUGAGUGCAAGCUCAGCCACAGUCAAAAGCUCUGGGGUUACUGCACCUUCUCUGGAGACUUCGGACAGUUCAUUUGUUCGAAGGUCAGCUGCGAGUAUGCUUAGUGGGAAGAGGCCUGUUCAGGCAGCUCCUGGCAAACAAAAAGGGGGAUCUGUUAAAUCAGGUGGCAGUAAGAAAGUAGAUACAACUGUACAGCCAAAAGCUUCCAAGUUAGUUGAAACCCCUGAAGAUGUUGAGCCAGCAGAAAUGAGUCUUGAAGAAAUUGAAAGCAGAUUAGGGGCUCUUAUACAAGCAGAUACCAUCUCUCAAUUAAAGAGCUCUGCAUGGAAAGAACGGCUUGAAGCCAUAUCCUCAUUUAAACAAGAAGUGGAAGGUCUUCAAGACAUUGACCAGUCAGUUGAGUUAUUGGUUCGUUUACUUUGUGCUGUCCCUGGUUGGAGUGAAAAAAAUGUUCAGGUUCAGCAACAGGUUAUUGAAGUUAUCUCUUAUAUAGCCUCCACUGCAAAAAAGUUUCCUAAGAAAUGUGUAGUACUUUGUCUUCUGGGUAUAAGUGAACGAGUUGCAGAUAUAAAGACCCGGACACAUGCCAUGAAGUGCCUCACUGCUUUCUCUGAAGCCAUAGGCCCAGGAUUUGUUUUUGAAAGAUUAUACAAAAUUAUGAAAGAGCACAAGAACCCUAAGGUUCUGAGCGAGGGAAUAUUGUGGAUGGUUUCCGCUGUUGAUGAUUUUGGUGUCUCACAUUUGAAACUUAAGGAUUUGAUUGAUUUUUGUAAAGAAACUGGACUGCAGUCCAGUGCUGCUGCUACUAGGAAUUCUACUAUUAAGCUUUUGGGGGCUAUACAUAAAUUUGUUGGUCCAGAUAUUAAAGGGUUUCUUAAUGAUGUUAAACCUGCACUACUUAGUGCACUGGAAGCCGAGUAUGAAAAAAAUCCUUUUGAGGGUGCUUCCGUGGUUCUGAAGAGAAAUGUUCGGGCAACAGAAUCUACUUCAUCUGUCUCUGCUGGUGGGUUAGAUAGCCUUCCACGUGAAGAUAUUAGUGGAAAGAUCACGCCUACUCUGCUGAAGAGCUUGGAGAGUCCUGAUUGGAAGGUUCGCUUGGAGUCAAUUGAAGCUGUAAAUAAAAUUUUGGAAGAGGCUAAUAAGCGCAUCCAGCCAACUGGAACUGUGGAGUUGUUUGGUGCCUUAAGGGCCCGCUUGUAUGAUAGCAAUAAGAACUUGGUCGCUGCGACUCUAACGGCUGUUGGUAAUGUUGCAUCUGCAAUGGGAGCACCAGUUGAAAAGUUCAGCAAGGGCAUUCUGUCGGAUGUUUUGAAAUGUUUAGGAGACAAUAAGAAACAUAUGAGAGAAUGCACUUUAACAACAUUAGACUCAUGGCUCUCUGCUGUUCAUCUUGAUAAAAUGGUUCCUUAUAUUACAGCAGCAAUAUCAGAAACCAAGCUUGGUGCAGAAGGGCGCAAAGAUCUUUUUGAGUGGUUGACGAGACAGCUUUCUGGGUUAAGUGAUUGUUCUGAUGCUGUUCAUCUUCUAAAACCAGCUUCUUCUGCUCUGAUGGAUAAAUCCUCAGACGUCCGUAAAGCAGCCGAGACAUGCAUUUCUGAAAUUUUGAGAGUUAGUGGACGUGAAUCAGUUGAGAAGAGUUUGAGAGAUAUUCAGGGGCCAGCUUUAGCUCUUGUUGAGCGAUUGAAGCCUGGGUCUUUUCAAGAAUCUUUUGAAUCGAGAGCAAUAUCGAUGGGCCCAACUUCCAAAAGCAUUUCAAAGGCUGGAAAAUCUGCUUCCAAUGGAGUUUUGAAGCAUGGAAGCAAAGCUACUUCAAGGACCAUUGCAACAAAAGGAUCAAGGCUGGAUUCAAUAAUGUCCCAAGAUAUAGCUGUCCAGUCACAGGCCUUGAUAAGUGUUAAAGAUUCAAUUAAGGAGGAUAGAGAGAAAUUGGUGGUUAGGAAGUUUAAGUUUGAAGAGCCACGGCCAGAACAGAUUCAAGAUCUUGAGAAUGAUAUGACAAAGUAUCUUAGAGAGGAUUUGCAUAGGCGACUUCUUAGUCCAGAUUUUAAGAAGCAAGUUGAAGGGCUUGAGAUGCUGCAGAAGGCACUUCCAACCAUUAAAAAAGAGAUUAUUGAAAUUUUGGAUAUACUGCUAAGGUGGUUUGCUUUACAAUUUUGUAAAUCGAACACAACAUGUCUAUUAAAGGUGCUGGAAUUUCUACCUGACCUUUUUGAUAGCUUUAGAGAUGAGGCAUACACGUUGACUGAGUCAGAAGCAGCCAUAUUCUUUCCAUGCUUGAUAGAGAAGCUCGGGCAUAACAUAGAGAAAGUACGAGAAAAAAUGCGGGAGUUGACCAAACAAAUUGUUCAGGCAUAUACUGCAGCAAAAAGUUUCCCUUAUAUUUUGGAGGGCUUGCAUUCUAAGAACAACCGAACUCGAAUUGAGUGUGCUGAUAUUGUUGGAUAUUUGAUUGAUCAUCAUGUAGCUGAGAUUAGUGGACAACUAAAGUCUUUGCAAACUGUUGCCAACUUGACAGCAGAAAGAGACGGUGAAAUUAGGAAAGCUGCUUUAAAUACUCUGGCUACCGGUUAUAAGAUUCUUGGUGAGGACAUAUGGAGAUAUGUCCGGAAGUUAACAGAUGCUCAGAAAAGUAUGUUAGAUGAUCGGUUUAAGUGGAAGGUUCGAGAAAUGGAGAAAAGGAACGAAGGAAAGCCUGGCGAAGCUAGGGCUUCUCUGAGGCGUUCUGUCAGGGAAAUUGGGUCUGAUCUAGCAGAGCAAAGUGGGGAGGUUACGCGGUCUGUUUCUGGUCCAGCACUUUCUAGGAGAAACUUUGGCCAUUCUGAGCCUCACAUGGAGAGCCAACUGAUGCCCCAUGGACUUUCUGGUGCCAAUGGCCCAACAGACUGGAAUGAAGCUUUGGAUAUCAUUUCUUUUGGUUCUCCUGAGCAGUCGGUUCAAGGAAUGAAAGUUGUGUGUCAUGAGUUGGCACAGUCGAUCAAUGAUCCAGAAGGCGGUGCUAUGGAUGAGUUAGUGAGGGAUGCAGAUAGACUUGUUUCUCGCUUAGCGGAUAAGGCAACCAAGACUUUUGAAUUCAGUUUGACAGGAGCUUCAUCUAGGUCUUGUAAAUAUGUCCUGAACACUCUUAUGCAGACAUUUCAAAAUAAAAGACUUGCUUAUGCUGUGAAGGAAACUACUCUUGACAGUCUAAUCACUGAGCUCCUGCUGUGGCUUUUGGAUGAGAGGGUUCCCCAUAUGGAUGAUGGCAGCCAACUUCUGAAAGCGUUGAAUGUCUUGAUGCUAAAGAUUCUGGAUAACGCAGAUCGAACUUCGUCCUUUGUUGUUCUCAUCAAUCUCUUACGUCCUUUAGAUCCCUCAAGAUGGCCAUCACCCGCUUCAAAUGAAACAUUUGCUUCCAGAAACCAGAAGUUCUCUGAUCUGGUUGUCAAAUGUUUAAUCAAACUUACAAAGGUUCUUCAAAGCACAAUAUAUGAGGUCGAUUUGGACCGCAUCCUUCAAAGCAUAUAUUUGUACCUACAGGACUUGGGGAUGGAAGAAAUUAGGAGAAGCUUCGUGGAGCUUGCAAUUAAAAGUCACCUUUCUAUGGUUCCUAUAGACAUGAAACCACAGCCAAUAAUUCUCGACUACAUUGAUCUGAAUCUUGAGACUUUAGCUGCAGCAAGGAUGUUGACAUCAACUGGGUCUGGGGGCCAAACUCAUUGGGGUGAUUCAGCAGCCAACAAUCCCUCAUCUGCGACACAUUCUGCUGAUGCACAGUUAAAGCAAGAACUUGCUGCCAUAUUCAAGAAGAUUGGCGACAAGCAGACUUGCACCAUUGGUCUGUAUGAGCUAUAUCGCAUAACCCAGCUCUACCCCAAAGUUGAUAUAUUUUCUCAGCUCCAAAAUGCUAGUGAGGCUUUCCGGACGUAUAUUAGAGAUGGUUUGAUGCAGAUGGAGAAGAAUGCUGCAGCUGGAAGGACGCCUUCAAGCUUGCCAAUGCCGACUCCUCCCCCAGCUUCUCUGAGUGUUUCUUCCCCUGAAUUUGCACCCCUGUCACCCGUACACACAAAUUCCUUAGUUGAUUCAAAAUCAUUAAAUGUGAAAUCUGAACCAACUAGCUUUAAUCUACCACCAUCAUAUACUGAAGAGAACAGGCUGAAUAAUGCCACUAGAGGUCUCGCUGAAAACUCAAUGGUCGACCAAAGGAAUGAGAGAUAUAUUAGUGGAGUCACGAGUGGAACCUUAGAUGCGAUUAGAGAAAGGAUGAAGAGCAUGCAAUUAGCAGCAUCUGCUGGGAACCUGGAUCAAGAAACAAGACCGUUAAUGUAUGUGAGCGACAAUGUAAACCAGGUUGUCUCUGGUCAGAUUCCUCGUGCGUCUGAGAAUCCCCUCCAGAGUGGGGUUCUCCCUAUGGAUGAGAGGGCAUUAUCUGGGCUUCAAGCCCGGAUGGAGAGACUAAAAAGUGGGACCAUCGAGCCCCUUUGA